AUGUUUAAGCAGUUCUCUUUGCCGCAGGUUCGUGCUGCAGUGCUUAUUCCAGGCCGAGCACAGGCAGGGGCGGCCCUCUUACAGGCAGCACAGACGGCGUUUGCGGCGGAGGAGCGUUUGCUUCCUGGAGUUUUUGAAUCACAUGCCAGAACUCUCCUUCUGGUGCUGCACGCGGCCUUUUGUGGGGGUACAGACCCGCGAGAGGUGCUGCGGGUGGCGUUGGCGAAUGCAGGCCUCGUGACGGGGGUGCUGGAUGUGGGGGGCUUGUCUGAAGUUUCUUAUUUUUCUUCUUGCGGGCAGCCCAAGUUUGCAGCGGAUUCGUGGGAAGCCGUUGCGUCUGCAGAGGAGUUUGUUAGUGACGUGCAGCGCUUGGCAGUAACUGCGCAACGGUGA